GUACCUAUAUUCAAGUUUUUAUAACAUUUCCACGAUAAAGAAAAUGCAAACAUGCUGACAGCGAAAUUAUUUAAAGAAAUAAAUAACUUUUUGAGAUAAAUACCUACAUUUGACAAUUCAAAAUACGUAAUCGAUUCCUUAAUGGUUGUUGCAACAGGACCGGGUUUUGACUUAUGAAUUACGGAAAAAGAUAAACUUUCUUUAAUAAUGACUUUGGUAGGCAAUGUCCUAUUAAUGUGUUCAUUGUUACAAGUGAGUAUUUGCAUGAGGAACUUUCAUUUCCCACAUCCGUACAUCCAUGGACUGGGGAUGUACAAUCACUACCCAUAUUAUGAAGACUACGGCAGUGAGAGCAUGGUGAUGCGCUCGCAUAGAAACAGGCACCAAUACCGGUACAAAGCCAACUCUGAUUUCUCACAAUCAGAAAACCAUUACAAACGGGGAUGUAGGUGUAGCUGUGCCAAGUGCAGGAAACCUAAACCAAAGCCGUGCUGCAAGGACUUCUGCGCCCAGCAGUGUCCUAUGCUAAACAACAUAUUUGUGGUACCGUACCCGGUACCUUUUGUAGUCAGUCCGCUAAAUCAGUCCAUAACCGAGCAACCAACUACACAUUCAUCAUCACCGGCACCUCAGACAUCAACAACAUCGUCGACGACGCCAUCGACACAGACAUGCACCACGAUGCCACCACCAGAAACUAAAUCCACAGCCGUCUUCUUUGUUAGAAAUCAGCCAAAACGCUUUCGAAUCGUAGCGGACAAGAGAAGGAGAAAUAUGGGAAACAAUGACAUACGACCACCCCCCAAGUUCAACAGACUGCCUAAGUAUGGAAUAGUGCCCAUACCUGAGAAAUUGGCGAUCAGGUUAAUGGAGCAAAUGAGGGAUGAUCAUAGGAAAAAUCCAUAUAGAAUGCAGGCCAAUUUUGAUAAAAAUAUUUUGCAAAACUACUAGCAACAUAUAUGUAGG